GGGGGAGCGAUGAUGCAGAAGUCAUCUAAAAAUUGGGGCGGGGAAAGGAGGCUACAGUCAGGGAGGCAAACAAACUGCGGAAGUUGUAGCCGACAAGUUGGGAGGUCCCGUAGGUGCCCCCUCCCAACGGGGAAUGAGCAAGUGCCACGGCGGCAGGACUUUUCCCUUCUCUGAUUCUGGAAGGUGCUAUAGACAGAAACAUGGAACUGAUCUCCCCGACCGUGAUUAUAAUUCUAGGUUGUGUUGCUCUUUUACUGUUCCUUCAGCGGAAGAAUUUGCGGGGACCCCCGUGCAUAAGGGGCUGGAUUCCUUGGAUUGGAGCUGGAUUUGAGUUUGGGAAAGCCCCUCUAGAAUUUAUAGAGAAAGCAAGAAUCAAGUAUGGACCAAUAUUUACAGUAUUUGUUAUGGGCAACCGAAUGACCUUUGUUACUGAAGAAGAGGGAAUUAAUGUGUUUCUAAAAUCCAAAGAAGUGAAUUUUGAACUAGCAGUGCAAAAUCCCGUCUAUCGCACAGCAUCAAUUCCAAAGAAUACUUUUUUAGCACUGCAUGAAAAACUUUAUAUCAUGAUGAAAGGGAAAAUAGGGACUUUCAACCUGUAUCAAUUCACUGGACAACUGACUGAAGAAUUACAUGAGCAACUGGAGAAUUUAGGCACUCAUGGGACAAUGGAGCUGAACCACUUAGUAAGUAAUUUCUCCUCAGCCAUUCUAUGGCAUGUAGAACAUAACCUAUCCAGAGGGGAUUUUGGGAGACAGAUGAGUCAGGAUAAGGCAGAGGAGGGACUCAGGCGGCCUCAUUCAUGUUCUGGAGCUUUCUGGCAAUGGAAUCUCCUUUAUCCAGUUACAAUGAAUAUGCUCUUUAAAAAAGGUUUGUUUCCCAGAAAUGAGGGAAAAAUCAGGGAGUUCUAUCAGCAUUUUCAAGCUUACGAUGAAGGUUUUGAGUACGGGUCCCAGAUGCCAGAAUGUCUCCUAAGAAACUGGUCAAAAUCCAAAAAGUGGCUUUUAGCACUUUUUGAGAAAAACAUUCCAGAUAUAAAAACAUACAAAUCUGCAAAAGAUAAUUCCAUGACACUGAUGCAGACUAUGCUGGAUAUUGUAGAGAUGGAAAGAAAGGAAGAAAAGAGCCCCAAUUAUGGGCUCUUACUACUUUGGGCUUCUCUGUCAAAUGCUGUCCCUGUUGCGUUCUGGACCCUUGCAUUUGUCCUCUCUCAUCCCAGUAUCCACAAGACCAUUAUGGAAGGCGUAUCUUCUGUGUUUGGCACAGCAGGUAAAGAUAAGAUGAAAGUAUCUGAGGAUGACUUGAAGAAACUCCCACUAAUCAAAUGGUGUAUUUUGGAAGCCAUUCGUUUAAGAGCCCCUGGGAUCAUUACUAGAAAAGUGCUGAAGCCGGUUAAAAUUCUGAAUUAUACUGUUCCUUCCGGUGACUUGUUGAUGUUGUCUCCAUUUUGGCUGCAUAGGAAUCCAGAAUAUUUUCCUGAACCUGAAUUGUUUAAACCUGAACGUUGGAAAAAGGCAAAUUUAGAGAAGCAUGCUUUCUUGGACUGGUUCAUGGCAUUUGGAAGCGGGAAGUACCAGUGUCCUGGAAGGUGGUUUGCUCUGUUAGAGAUUCAAAUAUGUAUUAUUUUAAUACUUUACAAAUAUGACUGUAGUCUUCUGGAUCCAUUACCAAAACAGAGUUUUCUUCAUUUGGUGGGUGUCCAACAGCCAGAAGGACAAUGCCGAAUUGAAUUUAAACAAAGAAAAUGACAUCUGUUGGGCCUAAAGAGGGCCAGAGUCUUCUGGAAGACUGAUUGUCCCUGUCCACCAGCCUGGCAGCAUCUAGACCUGAGCUGUACUAAAACAUGCUGUUUAACUUUGUUUUAGGAUUUAGUUCAAGAGAAUGUCUAAAUGGUAUAUGUGUUUGGUACUUUAAGAGUAGACCAAGAAUCUGACAUCACUCUCACUGAUAGGAGACGUGAAUAUAUGGUUUAUAGAAAAUGUUUAAAUGAUUUUAAAAAGAUGCAUUUCUUAAGGAGUUGUAAUUUGACUUCAUGCAUAAGUAUAUUAAAACUUUAAAUAGAAAUAAUGCCACUUGAAUGAAAACCAUGGUAAACUGUGAAGGCAACACACGUAAAUUUCUAUUUUGGAAAAGCCUUAAAAUCUUAGACUCUAAGAAAAUAUUAGUAAUUUUUGGAUAUUUUAAAAAUUUCUUAAUGUGAUUCUCAAUUGGUAACUGGAAUUCUUAAGCUUUCUUAAAUAACUUGUUAUGGUAAACAUGACUAGUGCUGAAACAAUGAAUAAAAUGAUAGCUUUCUAAGACCUGUGCAGAUAGAGAGCAUGUCUUACACUCAUUCUGUGCUGAACUACACCUAGGACACCUUCUGUAUCAGGUUUAUUCAGGAAAGGUAUGCUGAUUGAUAUGUUGAUUUGUAUUUUAAUGAAGGUGAAAGCACUCUUUUGAUUCAAGCUGUUAAUAAUUAUAGGGUAAGAGGUAUAUUUUUGCGUGUAGAAACACAAAGUUACGUCAAGGCAAACAACAGCAUUUAAGUUUAUUACUUAGGACUUCUGUCUGAAUAUUUACUUUGAAAUCCUAAAAAGAAAUCCUGUCAUGCCCCGGGGGCAAACAUACGACAUUAGUAACAGAGUGAUCAGUGAUGUCAUGAUUUGUCCUCUAAUAUUCAGUAGAAUGCUCCUUGCCUCCUUUAUUUCACAAUAAAUAAGCUUUGUAUGCA